GUUCCCGCGGUCUUGUCACUUCAGUCUAUCACGCCGCUCCGCGCGAGGAGGGUCGGCUUGUUCCAGGCGCAGGGCUCGGGUUGGGUGUGCGUCGCGUCCCUUCACCCUUCUUCCCCGUCGAACCGAACACGUUCGCUUCGGAAUCUCCGCGUCGACGACUCCCCAGGCCCGCCACACCGCCCAGGCCGAAGGGGGUGGAGACCCUUCGCCCCGCGGGAGGAGGGAAGCGAGCGAAGAUGCGCCCCGGGAAAGGCGCCGCGGACGCGGUGACGCCGGUAACGCGAGGACAGACGGCGCGCGGGUCGCGGCAGUGAGCGGAAGACGCCGGCCGGGCAGGAGGACUAUACAAGGACCCCCCCCCCCCCCCGACGCCGCAGCCUCCACCGGCCUCAGCCCCACAGGUGUCGACCAUGGCUGGACACAGAGGGCACUAGCGGCCAGCGACUGUCUGGAAGCAGAGGGCGCAGUCUUCGCCAGUCCACUCAAAGCAGGCUGCUGCGCUGAUGGAGCCUCUGUGCUGGCGGAUACUGGUGCUGCUCGCGGCCUGGCUGCUCGCGUCGCCCUCCUCGCUCUGCUCGCCCGCCGCCAACUACAACGUGAGUGCCGGCUCGGGUGGCCUGUCGCCUCAGGAGUCUGGGCUGCGGCCGGGCCCGCCCCUCGAGGACCUGCCGCCCCCCGACCUGAUCGAGGUGCCCAACAAGCACCACGACCCGCGCCAGGCCGACCUCAACGCCACCCUGCUGCUGGCGCGCCUCGGCCGCAACUUCGACCCGCGCUUCAUGAGCAUCGACAAGCCCCGGCACCAGCGCCACCACGCGAACCGGACGGACAGCGAUGACUUCCCCUACCGGCACAACACCAAGGGGCGGCUGGUACCCAAGGGCCAGAUGCCACGCGCGCUCCGCAAGAUGAACUUCAAGUACAUCCGGCUGCACGACGGCACCCGCGUGCGCACGGGCGUCUCCGCCAAGCUGAAGAAGAAGCUGCAGCAGUUCCUGUGGGCCUACACGGCGUGCCCCGUGGCGCACCGGUGGCGCGACCUGGGGGUGCGCUUCUGGCCGCGCUACCUGCGCGAGGGCUACUGCCCGCCCAGCAAGACCUCGUGCUCCAUCCCCCCGGGGAUGACCUGCCGGCCGGCGGCCGAGGCGCACAAGACGGUGCUGCGCUGGCACUGCCCGGCGGGGCACCGCGGCGGCCAGCACUCGGCGGCGUCCAGCUGCCAGUGGAUCAACGUGGAGUACCCGCUGGUGACGCAGUGCUCAUGCUCCUGCCCGGGGAACGACAGCUCCUCCUAGACUCCAUCGCUGCGCUUCGCACGGGUCCCUUGGUGAACACCUUCCUGCUGUGUCCAUCCUCCGCAAGACAGGCGUGUGGUUCCCAUCGCCGCAGAGGAAGGAGAAUGUCACACUAUCCUCCGAAGACUCCCUGGCAGCCCUCAACAUUUUACUGCUGUGUCCAUCCUCCGCAAGACACGAAUGUAGUUCCCAUCGCCGCGGAGGAAGAAGAGAUGCCACACUAUCUUCCGAAGAGUCCCUGGCAGCCCUCAACAUUUUACUGCUGUAUCCAUCCUCCGCAAGACACGAGUGUAGUUCCCAUCGCCGCGGAGGAAGAAGAGAUGUCACACUAUCCUCCGAAGAGUCCCUGACAAUACCCCCAGGAUUUCAAGUGGAAUUGCCUCAGAAAUUAACAUCUCACUGCUGUGUCCAACCUCUGUAGGACAUACUUGGUGUUCCCAAUUACCAUGGAGGAAAAAGGAGUAUCUAUCAUAUGAAGAUCUAGACAUCUCCCAGAAUUUCAUGUGGUAUUCCCUUUAGAAGUUUCUGCACUCUAGAUGAGUCUUGCGAACAUUGUUAUUUAUACCCCUGUAAUACAGAAAUCGUGUUUCACCGUGUUUUUUUUGUUUUUUUUUUGGUGGGGACGCAUAUCAUACAUAACCUUUUGGUUGAUGUUUUGGGCUUUGGGCAAUUAAGCUGUUGUACGGAUGUUGGAGCUACACCAACUACUAAACAGUGGUCCAGUUGGGACAGGACAAGUCACGGGGACGAGACAGCUGGAAUGGUUGGCAAGUUAUUUUCAGUUUACCGGCAGACACUCCCUAAUAUAUUUUACUUACAACCUUAGUGGAAUGUGAGAAAAUGGUGUGUUAUUUUGAACUCCACGGAAGCUAAGUCUCGGUGGACGUUCAACGUCUCGAAGAACUCGCAGCAAAGAUUAAGACAAUUGAGUUGGGUUAUCCAUUUUUCAGCUUAUUUGGACUAAUUUUGUGUCAAAUGAAGUGACUGAUCAAAUCUAGUCUGCUGUAGACAAUUUAAAUUUGUCGGCUUUAGUACGUCGGGCGAAACGAUAGUGAACUGGUUUUACAGUUGCGAGAAUUUUUUUUUAUUAUUAUCACGUGAACUGUUACUCUUUAACAGCACGAUCAAAAAUAUAUUCCGUUGUACUUCAAGAACACACUUUGUGAAAACUGAUGAAUAAUACUUGAGGAUAAUAUUAUUUUCGGUGAAAUUAGCGAGACAAGCUACAUUUCGUUUAUUCGAUGUAAUAAUGCUUUGUUACUCUGCCACACAGGUUACAUUUAUUCUGUCUUGUUGGUAAUAGUUUCGUGGGCAAUUCUUUACCUAGAUUACUUGUGUGUUAAGCGAUAAGACCUAAGAAUAUGUUUUUUUAUAUAGAAAUAGAUCGCAAGAGAAAUAAACACGUACACAUUUUCAAAAAAAGGCCCUUCACUGAAUAACCUAUGUACUAUUGAAUAACUUUUGCAAACAUGUAAUAGGCUAUUAUCAAAACAAUUAAUUAGUAACAGUAAUGAAUACUAGUGUGCAAAUGUUAGUUUCGUAAAUUGACUUCGGCCAUUAGGGCACCUGAUAUUUCAAUCAGUAGUUGACAAAUACCCCUACCCUCCAUAUCUUUGAUAUCUACCUUUAUGUGAUUACAGUACUACCCUCAAAUACUAGUGUGCAAAAUUAUGUCCGAUCCCGAAGUACUAGAGUAGAUAGUGAAAACAUUUCUCCAUGUUAGAAAAUAAGAUAUAAUGUGGGCCGUAACACUAUAAAGAGUUUUUGAAGAUAGUGUUUUAGAGCUACAGCUCGUCGAAUGAAUGCAGUGAAACUACAGCGUUUAUCUAGAAAUAUGGUACCACCAUUCCCAAUAUAAUCGCCAUAAAAUAAAAUUAGUUGAAUACUUCGAAUGUUUUUAAAUUACUAAUAAAAAGUAUCAUCCUUGAUGCAAGUUUGCAUUUAAAAUCUAUUUGAAAAAUUAAAAUUUAAUUGUGGGAUUAUCUUAGUUGUACCAGAAAACGACAUACACAAAAAAGUUAAUGUUUUUAUUGCUCAUGUGUUACAAAAAGCGACAAUGAUUCAAUUGUUAUUGAAUGAAAUAGCUCCAGAACCAUAUGAAAUUUUUUUUUUUCCCCCUGCUCAAAAUUAUAUCUAGUGAAUUUUCCAGUUUAAUUCCGGUGCCCAGAAAAUUCAUCAACAAUAAUAUAAAAUAUGGACAUUUAGAUUAAAAAUAAGUAGUUACAUUCGUAACACGAGAAUUUUGAUAAUCGUAUUAACAGGUUCUAGAUCGUUCAAAUAAGGUUUUCAAUUCCUCUGGAAAUUCUACUAUGUGAUGCAUUGUUGAGGCGAAUUCUUAAAAUAGUCAAUUGCCUCUCAUUCAGCUAACAUUUUUACGUUUAAUGCUCUAAGUUAUAACGACAGACUAACAUUUUCUCACCCAAAAUAUGUGUUGCAUUUGCUAUCAUUUUGCACAGAAAAAAAAAGUUAGAAUUUGCUCUGCGUGAUCGUGUAUAAUGUAUCUUUGCAGUUUUUUAUAAAAAAAAUAAAGUUUUUGUGUAAAACUUCAAAUAUCCUUACAUUGAAUCAUUUGCAAUCAAAUUUAAAAUAGCUAUAGUUUAAGUCAAGUGUUUAUCUUGAAAAAUUAUCAUUUUCAAUUUAAAUCAU